CUAAAUUAACAAUCUUUGAUUAAAAUUACGUGCCUAAUCAAACAUUAAUUCGUACUAUUUUAUUAAUACAAAUGAUUAGACAAGUGGAAGUGGAAGUGAAAGUGUAGGAUAAUAAAUCAGAUAAGAUUCUAUAUGACGUCAAAAAUUCAAAAUUAAAGGGUGAUCAACUCAAUAUGACCAAUUGUUUCAAAAAAAAAAAAAAAAAAAAAAAACUCAAUAUGACCAAUAAUAGGACAAAAUCCUGUUUACCCCUAGCAAAAAAAAAAAACAAAAAAAAAAAACUCCGUACUCUAAUCCAUCAAAGCUUGGUACUCGUUAUCCAAAUUAAGAAUCUUUAAUUGAAAUUACGUGCUUGUCUUCCCUAAAAACACCUUAAACCCAAACCCCAAAGGCAAACAAAGCAACACAAAAAAGAAACACAGGAACCUUUUGGCUACGACAACUAACACAAAAAAGGCAACGUUGAAACGUUGAAUUUCGAGGCAACCUUUGAAUUUUCUAAUCAAGCUUCGAAUCUCUUUCCUCCCUCCUUCUUCAACCCCACUAAAUCCCCCAAUUCUCUGUAAAUUAUCCCACCAACAUUGAUCAGUAUUAAACCCUUUUCAAUGAAACUGAGGUUUGAAUCCCUCAUUUUCUUCAUUGUUGCUCUUUCUUUGUCAACCGUCGUCGUUUCAUCCUUUUCUGCUAAUGAGUUAUCCCUCCACCGUCCUGCCGGACGAAAACCGCUUUCUCUUGCUCCGACACAAGAUGUGGAGUUAGUAGCUGCCCUUAAUGGCACUGUCUAUUUAAUAGAUAGUGAUUCUAGAAAAGUACUUUGGUCUUUCUUAUCAGGGCCUCCUAUUUAUGUGUCUUAUCACACUCCGAUCCAAGAAGAUGGUGAAAAGGAUAGAGCAGUGAGACGCAGUAAAUAUUCUUUUAUGGACUGUGGAGAUGACUGGGAGUUGUAUCUGAAUUAUGACUAUGGAAAAUUGAAACUUGAAGGUACUAUUCAAGAUUAUGUGAAUAAAACACCAAUAUAUGAGGAUGAUGAAGUUACUAUAGGAUCCAUGCAUUCUACAGUUUUCAAGGUUGAUCCUUGGUCUGGAAGACUCAUUCAUGAUUAUGGAAAAUCUGUAUCCAGUAAGGUGCCACAAUGGGGUGCAGAGACUUCCUCUGCUGAAGGAAGAAGUGAUUUAGAAACUUAUAGCUCUUCAAGUGCGAAAGGUUCUGAUGUGGAGCUAUACAUUGAAAGAAUAGAUUAUUCACUUUCAACUAAAGCAUUUGACAAACUACUGUGGAAUCUAACAGUUGGCUUUUUUAAAGCCAAAGUUCGAUGUAGAGGGACUGAUCAGUUGCUUGACGGAGCUUUGAUGAAUUUGGACCGUAAAAUGGGUUCUGGCUCUGAUUCUCUUAGGACUGUCUCAUUUCCUUGCGAAUAUGAAUUUCCCGUACGCCGUUUUCGCAAGCAGAGUAUGUUUGAGUACUUUGUUAAACUAGAUGGCUUACCUGGUUCCAUGAACGAUCGUAAUAUGCUUCCAGUUGGUGCUCCAAGUCAAAUGCUUCCUUCACAGCAUAGUGACGAUAAAUUCUCAUCUACUCACAAGGAAGGGAUCUUGUUACCAACUCAUGGCCAUUUACGCCCAUCGCGUGAAGUUCUAGAAUCUAAUUCGGGAACUCAUGGGAGGCAUGACAGAUUAUGGAUAUUACGAAGGAGAUAUAUUCCAUGGUAUUGUGUCUUUCUUGCUCUCCUUCUCAUUGGCUUUGUUUACCAUAAAAAAUCUGCAGUGGAAACAGGAAGUAUUGAGUUGGAUGUAGAGUCUAGGUUGAUUCCUCAACCAGUAUCUUCCAAAAAGAAAAGAUCUCGUAAAUCAGUGAAGAACAUAGCGGGCUUAGAGGAAGGUCUGCAUUAUGAAAAGACUGUUAGAUGUUGGCCAAAUCUCAAUAGUCUUUUGCAGGGUGAGACAGAUGGACACACAAUUGGUAAAUUGUUUGUAUCCAAUAGAGAAAUUGCAAUAGGAAGCAAUGGUACUGUCGUAUAUGAGGGGGCUUAUGAAGGAAGGAAAGUGGCUGUGAAACGCUUGGUUCAGGCUCAUCAUGAUGUGGCCUUCAAAGAAAUUCAAAACCUUAUUGCAUCCGACUGUCAUCCGAAUAUUGUUCGAUGGUAUGGCAUGGAGCAUGACCAUGAUUUUGUGUAUCUUUCUCUCGAAUUUUGUUGUUGCAGUUUAUAUGAUCUUAUUGAGUCAUAUACGGAUCCCUCCCAUCACUCUAUGUCUAUCUAUGACAAAUCAUUGCGUGGAAGGACAGAGUACAAAGCCAGGUUGAUUUCCGUGAAGGCGACCAUGCAAGACAUUAAAUUGUGGAAAGGCAAUGGCUAUCCUUCUGCCUUAUUGGUAAAACUAAUGAGGGAUGUGGUUUUUGGGCUUGUUCAUUUGCAUGAACUGGGAAUAAUUCACCGCGACUUAAAACCACAAAAUGUACUGAUAAACAAGGAAAAAUCCCUUUGUGCAAAGCUUUCUGAUAUGGGGAUCAGCAAGAGGCUUCCUGCAGAUAUGUCUUCUUUAGGUCAUCAUGCUACUGGUAAUGGAAGUUCCGGUUGGCAAGCUCCUGAACAGUUACUUCAUGAACGCCAAACACGGGCUUUGGAUAUGUUUAGCUUAGGCUGUGUCCUCUUUUACUGUGUUACUGGUGGCAGACAUCCUUUCGGUGAUCGACUUGAACGUGAUAUCAAUAUAAUAAGGAACCGAGUGGAUUUUAAUCUGGUGGAGGAUAUGCCGGAAGCACAUGAUCUCUUUUCUCGUUUACUGCAACCAAACCCUCAAAUGAGGCCUAUAGCACCAGAGGUUCUACACCAUCCAUUCUUUUGGAAUAGUGAAAUGCGCUUAUCAUUUCUACAUGAUGCUAGUGAUAGAGUUGAAUUGGAAGACAGAGAGGCAAAUUCAAGUAUCUUAAAAGAUUUGGAAAGUAUUGCUCCUACAGCUAUAGGUACCAAAUGGAAUAUAAAGCUGGAGCCACAAUUUAUCAAUGAUAUUGGCCGUUACAGACGUUACAAGUAUGAGAGUGUCCGAGACCUGCUGCGUGUCAUACGAAAUAAGCUGAAUCAUUAUCGAGAGCUGCCUGCUGAAAUUCAGGGACUUCUGGGAUCAGUCCCUGAUGGAUUUGAUGAGUACUUCAUGAACAGAUUUCCCCGACUAUUGAUUGAAGUUUAUAAGGUGGUUAGUAAAUUCUGCAGAUCUGAGAAAUGGUUUCAGAAAUAUAUUCAAGACAGUGUGCUUUGAUCUGCCUAGCAGUACAGUGGAUUUAAGUGUUGUAGCAUGUACAUACCCACAUCAGUGUGUUUAUUCAACUAUCUUUAAACAAUUCAGAUGUAAAUGAAAUUCCUGAUAUUAUUGCCCUAUAAUGUAUACAACAACAUUAUUUAUAUAGCAGAUGUAAUGUAAUGGUUUAUUUUAUUGUUUAUGUCAA